AUGUCCUCUAGGAGCGGCGGGCGACCAUUUGGUAAAUCGCAUGAGUCGCUAAAGCUACCUGUCAUCCGCACGGUUGGAACGGUGAUGCAUGAGCCACCGAGGCCAGUAUGUCGUGUUAUUUCGCCUGCCGAACCGAUCCAGUGGCGUAAGCGGUCACGAAUAAACAAAUCACCUCAGAACAUUCCCGAUGCGUCGGUUUCUGUUCCUCCGACAAAGGAUUCGACUGGGAGAGACUUUGAGAUCACCAUUUCUCAAUACCCGGGUUCCAAUGAUGCCGCAUCGGGUGUCAUUAACAAUUUGGAUCUUUUUGAAGCAAGACUCCACGGUGAGCCGAACCUUUGCAGGCUACUUACAUCACAGCAUGAAAGUAGCCCCUCCUCAAGGGCAAGCGUAAUGCCAGAACACCUUUUCCCGUUUAUGGACGACAGUUCGUCACCCAGGUUGCUACGCGGUACAAUGAUCACACUACUGCCAUGUCUCUCGUCCGAUUUAUUUCUUAAAAACAAUACCAUUGCAGCCCGGUUGCGGGAGAUGGAGCGGGGAGAAGUUCUGCAGAAACUGCGUGCUGAGGGUCGGCGGUUAGGAAUGCGUGAGGUUACAGUUGAUGAAUUCUCACAUUUGGUGGGUUGUUUGUUUGGUGAGGAAUUGCUAGACAAAGACGAGGUAGAAUACUUGUUUCGCUUUCUUUAUUGGAACACCCAAGACUGCAUUAGCUUUGAAGACCUUAUCGCCAGUGUAAGCCUGAUAUUCGAAGAAGUUGAUGUACUAAUCCUUGUGCGCUGCAAAUACAUAAUGGAGGAGCGCACGCUGAACAACAGCGUCAUUUCACUCGUUGAUGUAGAUAUCAUGUUGGGUGCCUUCAAAUCUGUCUUCGGUGAGUACGUGCCGGAAGUUUGCGAACUUUGCGCUGAUGUGCGGCGUGCUAUGGAAGAUAUCAUGCCAACUUACACCGUUCCCGCUUCCACGUUCCGUGAAGAGAUUAAGCGGCAUGAGCUUCUAAUGAAUUGCUUGGAUGUCGUCCACACUGAUGGUUCGAUUGGGUGGUUGCCGCUGCUUCAGUUACUCGACCGGCUCCCGGAUGAUGACUGCAAGAGUUUCGGCACAACACAUGUAGAACUCCAGCGGGCACUCGUGGACACGGCAAUUGCUAAAUGGCGCGAGGAGCCCGAUGAAUCCGUUAGUGAUGAUGGAAAGGACUGUGUAAUGGACUUGUGCCAUCCAAAGUUCAUCGCUGAUAAGUACAUGAUUAGUACCAACGUCCCGUGA